AUGAGUAGCAUUCUCAACUCGGCGCAAUACAUCGGCUCCUGCACGGAGACCUUGACCAAGCGUCUUUACGAUAUUGCGGACCAGAGUGCUCCUGUUGACUUGGGGAAGCUGCUAAACAUGCUGGCACUCCCUACAUUGUACGCUUUUGACGUUCUCGGCGAGCUCUUCUACGGCAAAAGCUUCGGCAUGGUGGAGCGACGCAAGGAUGUGGGAUAUUUCGGCAAGUCCAUUGAAUCCCUCCUUCCCAUCUUCGCAGUCGGCGGUACAUUGCCCUCCUACCUGACCAGUCUCUAUCUGAUGUACAAGAUAAACCCUUUCCUCGUCACUUCGCGGCGCAAUCACUGCGACGAAGAGUAUUGCCGUUGCAUCGGAAGAGGCUAUCGGCAGACGUUCCCAUGA